GCGGAGCAGACAGCAAGGGAGGUGCCGGAAAGAACUGAAAACAUCUCGUCCGGUCAAGAAGAUCAUGAAGCCUGCUGUGCGGGUUCUCUACUUCACCCUUCACAGACGAGAAACACUGUCGACCCGAGGACGCAACGCUGCAGUAAGGACAACAGCAACGGCUAUUCCUCCUCCUGGCUGUUUUCCGUGUCCGCGAAGCGAAGCCUGUUCCGCCAAGAUCGCAUAUCAAGUGCAAAUAUGUCUGGGUCUGGAAAUUUGUGAUGCUAGAAUGUGCACGAUGAAAACGCUUCCUCAUGCAGGAAAGCAUGACAAGUCUGCGCAACGCUCUAUCAUAUGGACUCCGCAUGAGAAACUGCGUUUUUGUAUGACGUGAGAGGCUGCCACUUUUGUUGGUCAUGCAAUACAGAUUUCACAGGAAUGCAAGACCAGCAUUACAAGUUCCAACCUUCGUCCAGACCCAGACAUAUUUGCAUUUGAUAUCGCAUCACCAUGGACGACGCUUGUGUCUUCGAGUUUAGGAGAGCCGUUUGCUUGACCUUCCUCGCUAUCCUGAGUAAAAACGUUUCCACACCAGAGUGAAGAUGGGAAAUCUGGUACACAAAUCCCUACACUUUGGCUGUCGCGCAUGACAAAUUUUGGCUCGCAAUGUAGUUGCGUUUAGCUAGUGCAGCAGCAUCACAGAUCCAGUCUGUCAUGCUGAUUCGAGCAUGAGCCACUAGAAAACGUAAACGCCUCCCAUGGGUCUCCGCAUGAGAAGCAUUUUAAGCAUGCAGAUUUGCAUUACAGCUCUGGGGUGGGGACGCUUUUCCACAGGACACUCGCCCGCUGGGCCACGGACCUGGACGUCUGUUUCACCGCGCCGAACUUUCGAGAUCUCGAGACCUACGACCUACGGGCCGCGGCCAGGAAGUGCUGGGCGUGGUUUGUUCCCCCGUCGCAUAGAAACAUCAAACGGGAAUCAGGACAAGUAGAGCCUCGUGGCCAUAGUACAACCAUCGUCGCCCCCGUUGCCAGGCCGUUUCUCAAGCGAUCCGAGCUGGCGUUUUU